CCUUCCUUUCUGUCGUCUAUUGCUUCCAUUCCUUUUGGUUUAAGCUUCUGGGAGGCGCAGCAUUCUAUACUGCAUCUUCUUCGGGCUGUUCAUUCCUUGAAAUCCAACUUUCUUGAACUCGCUGUUCCAUUUUAUCCUCCCAGGUUGAUUCUGGUCGAGUUGUAUUCUUCGCUACGUGCACUUGACUCGGUCUCAGAGCAGACGAAGCAAUCUUUCAUUACCUUCCUUUCUGCAAAUAUGGUGUCCUUCAACAUUCCUUUCCUCACUACCUUGUUGGCCAGCGCUGUCGUCGCUGCACCACUUCAUCAAACCCGUUCCGCCGAGGGAAAGCGUGGUCUCGCCUACAACAAUCCCGAUGCUCUCAGGCCUUUCAAGGGUACGGCAGCCGACUCUUGGAGCUACAACUGGGGAAGCUCCCCUGGCAGUAGUGCUGCUCCAGAUUAUGUCCCUAUGCUCUGGGGCCCCAAGCUCUUCAGUAGCUGGGACUCUUCAUCUGUCCUCUCGUCUGGCUGCAAGAGCAUCCUUGGUUUUAACGAGCCCGAUCACGGUGAUCAGGCAUCCAUGUCACCUGAAUCCGCCGUCGACGCAUUCAAAAAUCUUCUCACGCCCCUCGCCGGCAAAGUCGAACUUGGGUCACCUGGUGUGACCAACGGUGGCGGAAAUAUGGGUCUCACCUGGAUGGAAUCGUUCCUCAACGGCUGUGCUGGCAGCUGCGCAGUUGAUUUCCUCGCCGUUCACUGGUAUAGCCCAGCCAACGAGAUCGAAGGGUUCAAGCAGCACAUCACCAAGGCCAUCGAGCUCGCCAAGAGCCAUGGAAUCGAACAGGUCUGGAUUACCGAGUUCCAGGGCCUUGGGGAUGACCAGGCACAGAUCAAUUUCCUCAACGAGGUGCUUCCAUGGCUUGAUUCCAACCCUGGCGUCGCCCGCUAUUCUUACUUCAUGGCCGACACAUUAGUUUCCGGCAACCAGCUCAAUGCUGUUGGAAAGGCUUACGCAGGCGCCUAAGCAGUUCGAUUUUCCACCAAAAGAAAAAAUCUUUUAGGAGGUUUACAAAUAAAUGUUGUGUUGAUACGAUUGAUCUUUUCUUGUAACUAAGUUUAUGGCUACUAUGCCUUUCGAUUCUCCUGCACCCAGCUCAAGAUGCCGUUCGUUGCUGUCGUUUCUGUUUAGUAGGGUUGCCCUUUUGAUACUUCGGCUUCCAAACUUCGAAGCCUUCUUUUUUUUUCUUUUCUUUUCUUUUUUUUUUUUUUUUUU